AUGUCAUCGGAACACGAGACACAGGCUACUGAUUCGAUAUUUGGUCAAAACAGAGCAUUUGCAUUAUCUGAUUCUUUAGUCAAUCCAGAUGUGAUAACAUAUUUGAAUCAAGUGAGAGAAGAGGCUAUUCAUACUAGCGCUAUUUCUGUUCCAAAAAGUCGACUUGUCUCUAAUUCAGUUGAAUUAAAACAUAUGGCAGAAAUGUACGAUGAUGAUCAAGUCGAAUUAAUUGAAACUGGUCCAGAAACAACUUCAGAAACGUUGGUGAUCACAAAUUCUGUAGAGUUGUCCGAUUGGUUUCAAUUCGUUAGGAAACAGAUUUGGGAAGAAGGGUAUAUAUUUGAAGGCUACGACGACGAGACUUUAAAUCUACUAUUAACUUAUUUAAAAAGAUAUUUACAGGCCUUGAAGGAGAAGAGAGGUAUUGUAGUUCAUUUGUUGAACAUCUUAGCUAACCUGACAGAAAUCACGUCGAAUCAUGAUGAUGAGGAAUAUAAUAUUGAUGUCGAGUGGUGUGAAACCAUAUUGAAAAAACUUUCCAAGACUAAAGUUAGAAACUUACAAGAGUUACAACAUUUUGUCAGAAGCUCUUAUAAAUAUACACCCAUGGGAUUCAAACAGUGGUAUCAAUACAUAGAACAGAAUGAACCGUCCCAUUCAAUUUUUAAAAAUAUAGUUAAUGAAACUAGUAUUUGGGUACUUGUACAAUAUUUCUCCAAAGAGUGGACUAAAGAUAUAGCAUCAUAUAAGAGACCCAAAAUUGCAGACAGAAUGGGGCAAUGGUUGUUCUACGUGCUAUUACAUCUUCCAACAAAGCUGACAGCUGAAUACACUAGUGAAUUAAGAAAUCUAGGGAAAAAAUGUCAAAAACUAUUAUCAAAAGGUUCAAAAUCUCCUAAUCAUAAACUGUCACUAACUGGAGAAUUAAAAGAUAUUACGAUUGAAGAUAUCCCUGAAUUUGCCGACCCAUUGGCCCUGACGCUGGCAGUAAUUGCAGAAUUUUAUGGUCAACGAGAUCUAAUUGCUCUCUCGAAAUAA